CUUACUUAGGGAGCUUCCUGUCCCUCUACGUUCUCUGGCUCUCGCCUCUGGUGGUCUGAUGAUGGUACACAGUUGCUGUGGUAUUUCCAUCCAGAUUCCAAGAUUAAACUGGAUUCAUUUGGUAACAGAAAUGAAGGAUGAAAUACAAGAAGUACAAAUAUUAAACGUUCAGGAGAGAACACCAGGUUGACACACCAGUCACAUUUCCUGUCUGGACCUUCAUUGCUGUAAAUCAUGGUUGUAUGAAAAAUGAUAGUAGCAUGGUAAUGGUAAGUCUUGAGAUUGAGAGAUUUUUUGAUAUACAAGAAUCUGAAAAUUCUGUUUGUGGCCAGCUGCUGGAAUUUUAGUAUUUAAAAAGCCGUAGAUCUGGGGAGGUGGUGUAGUAUGGUGGUCAUGUGUGGGAAAUAGCAGGCUUCUACUCAGACAAGCUUAUAUGCUUGUGUUCUGUCACAUAACAAGUUAUAACCUUGGCAAGUUUUCUGAUGUUUUAUCUUAGAUGGUAAUGACAAUAUUAAGGCCAAAAGCGUAAUUCUACACUACCUAUAAACUUAACCUCUAGAGAGGUGGUUGGGGGGGGGGGUAAGAGUGUUGGUUACUUUUACAGAUUACCAGAAGGGUCCACAUGGAGGCUCACAACCAUCUGAAUCUAGCUCUAGUUACUGGGUGUUUGAUGCCCUCAUCUAGCUCAUGUAUGUACUGCAGACAUGAUGUGCACACAUGUAGGCAAAACACCUAUAAGUUAACUCAGUUCUGUCCGCCAAGUGGCCUACUCAUUAGAGCUGUUACCAUUGGCUCCCAAAGCCCAGCUUAGUUCUAAAAUUAAGCACAAUGUGGAAUGAGAAUGUAUUGUGUAUCACCAUAUAAUAUAACAUUUUUUCAGUAGACUAAUCUUGGUUUGGCACUAAGAUUUCAUAAGGCAAUGGUCUUUUCAUGUGUUUCAUUUCUUAUUAUCAGAGUGUUUUAUCUUCUAAAUGCUUUUUAUGGUUGAAACUUUGCUCCCCUCACUGUUGAGCCUAGGUAAGAUUUUAUCCAUAUACAAAACAGGCUUGUCUUCUCAGGGCAUCCGUGAGGAUAGGCUGUCUGUCUGUCCAGUCUGGCUGUCACUGCGUUUUGAGCUUUGCCAAGCCAAACAAAGCAGGUGUUAUGUGGUGAAGAGUUCAUAGCCUGGCCCACAGCUAUAGGGAACUUUUUGAUUAUACUAGUAUCCCACAGUGGUUGAUCUUGGGAGUUAUUAUAAUAUUCAUUUUAAAAUUUUAAAUGAUUUGUUUUAAUUAAUAAAAUUUUUAAAAUCUAAUGUGCGUUUGAGUGUUUUGCUUGAUUGUAAGUCUUUAUACCAUUUACGCAUCUGGUGCUUGAGGAGGUCUGAAGAGGACAUCAACCUCCUUAGACCCUGAGGUCAGAAGACUGCAUCAGAGUCCCUAGAACUGGAGCUAUGGGCAGUUUUGAGAUGAUGCUCUGGGUGCUGGAAAUUAAGUCCAGGUCUUUUGCAAGAACAGCCAAUGGUGUUAAGCACUGAGCCAUCCUAAGUAUCUAUUUUUUUCCAGAGGCAUAUUUUCUCUUUGUAACCAUCCCAGCUGUCCUUGAACUCACUCUUCACCAGGCUGGCCCUGGAACUCUCAGAUCUGCCUUCCUCUGCCUCCUGAGUGCUGGGAUUAAAGAAAGGCAUGCGCCACCAUCACUGAGCCCGAAUAUUAAAUGUUUAAUUUCAAAGCAUCCUAAUCAAUGUGAGGGUAGAUAGAAUGUACUCAAAGAUGAGAGUUGACUCCCCAGAAUAGUCACAAAGUCAACUUGCAAGUCAGGUGAACAGGAACACCACGAGAACCCUGAUGGCUCCACAUGCUGCUGUCCAUAGCAGUGCUUGACAUUUGUGGGACAACAUAGUUGAGUUUUGCAUUAACACAGCUCCAAGGUAUUUGGGAAUUUUGUGCACGUCAAAGAGUUGCGCUCCUAUUAACUGUAAAAGCCAGAACCAAUGUCUGUCAGGACAAUAAGUAAAUUAGUAUGUUUUAGUAUAUGCCUAUUGGAGGGUGAAGCCAAGCAACCCUGUAUUACUUGGAUUUAUCUUCAAGGUUGCUUUUAUGAGAGUGACUUGGAAGUUCACUUCACCCGAAGUAUUACAUCUGAUGAGGUUUGUAUUGACUGUAUUUGUAUUUUUUAUAUGUUUGGGACAGUUAGCCAGAGGUCCCUGAAGUUCAGGCUGAAGUAGAGCAGCUGACCCCCAAGUCCAGACACCCAGUGAUUAAAUAAUAUGGGCCCCGCAGUUUCAAAACCAGCCUGCCUAAGGAAACCAUUCUCCAUUCUGUAUUCUUGAGGUCUAUCUGGUUGCUGAGUGACUGGUCCUGUACCCUGACUAUGGCAUUUUCUCUUUGAAUAAAGCAAGCUAUUGCUGUUGGCUUAAAUUCUUAUUUUUUCCUACAAAUUUGUACUUGAUCUUACAUCUCACAUUUCUACUGACCUAACUGGUACCAGUAGGACUUAAGUUGCUAGGGGAAGACAAAUGUUAGAACUAUUUCAUUGAAUGAGUUGAAGGAAUAUGGUUUGUAAUGGCUGUAGCUUAGUUUGUCUAACAUGCAUGAAAAACAGGUUUUAUCUCCAGCAUACACUCCACUGGUCUCAGAAUUUAGUUAAGUUCAGAAGUUCAAGGACGUUCUGUUACACACUGGUAUAGGAAACAUGAAGCCUGUCUCAAGAGGAAGAGGUCUUAAGUCAGAAAAACCAGUUGGUCUAGGUAAGCUCAGAAAGGCAGAGUUACAGCAGAAUUUAGGAGCUGGGACCAUCUCAGCGGUCAAGAGCACUCUUGCAGAGGUUCUGAGUUCAAUUCUGAGCACCCACUUGGUUCACAAGUCUAUAGUUUCAUGGGAUAUACCCUCUUCUGAUUGGUGUUCAGAUGAUGUGCAUACAGACAGUAUUCACUUUUGGUUUUUCGAGACGGUUUCUUUGUAUAGCCCUGGCUGUCCUGGAACUCUGUCGACCAGGCUGGCCUCGAAGUCAGAACUCUGCCUCCCAGAGUGUUGGAAUUACAGGCUGCAAACAACCGCUUAACUACUAGCAAAGAGUUACUGCUCCUAGUACUGGAGGGAUGCCCCAAGCCUUUCUCACUGACCUGGAUGAGCACUCAGUGUCUGAGAGGGCUGCGUACAACUCUGGGGAGUCCACCCAGAAACGCACCUUUUGAGAAAGGGUCUAACUAUAGCCUGGGCUAACCUGGAACUCAUCUCUCCAGUACCGGGAUAAAAGAAAUGCACCAAUAUGUGCCUGGCUAAAGAAAGUAUGGCAUUUGGUCUCUUAUUCCGUUUUUUUGUUCUUGUUUGUUUUUGUUUUUCUUUGGCUACCGGGUCUCUUAGCCUUAGCUGUCCUAGAACUCUGUAGUAGACCAGGCUGGCCUCGACCCUCAGAGGUCCCCCUGCCUCAGCUUCCUGAGUACAGGGAUUAAAGGCUUGCGCCGCCCCCACUAUGUAUUGCUUUAUAGCACCUUGUAGUGCAGACAGGCUAAAGGAAGUUACUGUAACCGUAACCUGUAGAAGCAGGAGACGGCAUCUCAUUAGCUCAGCUGAGUGCCGGGCGCUACCCAGCAGCCCAGCUCGAGCUUCCCAUCAGGCCUUGCGGGCACCACGCAUGCGCCCUGCAGCUUGGCCACGCGAAUUCUGUCAUAAGUGGAAGGCCGACACCUUUAGCUUGCUUUGCUGCAGGAUUCUUUUGGAGGUUCAUCAUGUCUUUGUGUGAAGACAUGUUGCUUUGCAAUUAUCGGAAGUGUCGUAUCAAGCUCUCUGGUUAUGCUUGGGUCACUGCCUGCUCUCACAUCUUCUGUGAUCAGCAUGGCAGUGGUGAGUUCAGUCGCUCACCAGCAAUCUGCCCUGCUUGCAACAGUACGCUUUCUGGAAAGCUAGAUAUUGUCCGAACAGAACUCAGUCCAUCAGAGGAAUACAAAGCUAUGGUAUUGGCAGGACUUCGACCAGAGGUUGUUUUGGACAUUAGCUCCCGAGCAUUGGCCUUCUGGACAUACCAGGUACACCAGGAACGCCUCUAUCAAGAAUAUAAUUUCAGCAAGGCUGAGAACCACUUAAAACAGAUGGAGAAGAUAUAUACACAGCAAAUACAGAGCAAGGAUGUGGAAUUGACCUCUAUGAAAGGGGAGGUUACCUCCAUGAAGAAAGUUCUAGAAGAAUACAAGAAAAAGUUUAGUGAUAUCUCUGAAAAACUUAUGGAGCGCAAUCGUCAGUACCAAAAGCUCCAAGGGCUUUAUGAUAGCCUUAGGCUGAGAAAUAUCACUAUUGCCAGCCAAGAAGGCUCCCUGGAGCCAGCUAUGAUCCCACAGUCUGGAGUCUUUGGCUUCCCGUCAGGGAAUAACUCAUCGUUUUCUUUGGAGCGGACACCAGCUGGAAAUCAAGGUGGUGGAGAUGAAGAUACUCAGUUCAGACCAUUUUUUGUGUGUUCUCCCACAGCACCUGAACCCAUUAACAACUUCUUUACUUUCGCAUCUCAGAGCCAUGAAGCAGAGCAGCAAGUCUACAGCAGGGCCUUUAAGGCAAAAAGAAUUUAGCUCGUUUUUCAUCCCUGCAUCCCUGAGUUCUCUUCGCGUUUUAACCUUAGAAGAAGUUGGCUCGCAGCAGGGUGUGCGGCUUCCCGUUUGGUUUCCUCACUGUUUGUUAGGGCAUGGGCAUCUCAUGAAGCUCAGUCUGUGCGUUCAUCAUUGCUCACACAGUCACACUGUUGCACAGAUCCUGUUUCAGACCAAGCUGUGCUCAUGCUCAUGGAAGCACCAGUGUUCACGGAGCUUUGGAUUUGUUCUAGCAUGCAUAUGUUAGUGUGUGCAUUGACUUUUCUCUGCUAGUAUAUUUCUGGAAAAAUGAUGGUCUUGGAAAAUGGUGGCUUGCUAUUAACAUGUAUUUUACAGUCAUGUAUUUCCACUUGUGUUACUUUGUUUUGGAGGUGUGCAUAUGCCAGUGAAUGAAAGUGAAAUUUGAGGCAUAUGCGCUCUUUUUAUGUUUAAAAAAAUUUAUACUGAUAAAGUUAUUUGUUGAUUUCAUUGGUAUUUGUUUUAAAAUAAAACUGCUUCUUUACCUUUUUAA